AUGCCUUGCCAGUCGGAAAAUGCACCGUCGUGGUUGGAGGAAGAGCGCGCUGAAGAACAUCGAGGCAGAGUGGAUUGCAGAGAGACGCAGCGCUGCGAGAGCCAUGAGAGACUGUUGGUCUGCUGGAGUACGCCGACAGCUUGCCGCGGCCAGCCUGGCUCGUGCUCCUUUAUCGAUAUAUUCUAUUCCGUCUUCAUCUUCAUCUUCUUCUUCCUUUUCCUUUUUAGUUCACUCUGAUCUCUAUUGGAAAAUUCAUCUUUUUUUUCGAAAAUAUUUCUCGAUGUCUUCAUUCCUACGCCUCUUUGUUAUUGAUUACCCUGCGAUGACGUCCUCUAUCUGUCAGCUGAUUUCUUUUUUUUUGUGCUCAACUUUGAGCUGAUUUUUCACCACAUGGAAUGAUUUCUUAUAAAUUUUUUUUCUUUAAAAGAAAACUGUUCAAUUUAGUUGAUUGAGAAAAAAAGUUCAGAAAUAAUCGAAGGGGUUGAGUUUUAAUUGUCUGGUAUAUAAUAAUGUCUUUGAUUGUUUCAUUUUUCUUUUUUGUAUUUACAAUUGCUUUUUUUAACGGUAUCAGAGGCUAUUGAUAUGUAAUGUAAGCUUUUUAAUAUGAGCUAGAAGAAACGCGUUUUUGCGUUUUCAUUAAUUUAUCGCUGUAUUUGUAUAUACAAGUAAUACAUGUAUUAUUUUUAAAAAAAUCUUUCUUAAUAAGAACUAUUCGUUUAGCGAAGGCUCUCUCGAUUCGACGAAAACGCCAAUCCACAUCGUGUUCUUUUUCAGAUUUUAAUGCGAGUUCUGUAUCAUCUAUAAAGAAAUGGAGCAAUUCGAUGGUUUUGAAUACAGCAAACGCGAGCUUUUGGGGCACGGCGCCUUCGCCAUCGUCUACAAAGGGCGACACAUCGAUGUAAUUAUUCAUUUUCAGUUUUGAUCUUGCUCUCAUGAAUGAAGAAACGAGCGUGAGGAAGAAAUGCCUUUGAUGAUUAGGAUGAGUUUUGACAGCAUCUGAGUAUCAAUUUCUGCCGCCUGUUGUGAGAAAUUCGAUAUUUCCCGCGACUUCUUGUGUUGGCGAUCAGCGUCGUUUCCUUCCUCCUUUCCUUUCAACAAAGCUUCUGUAGUCGAAUUAUAGAGUAGAAGGAGAGAAAAGAAAAUUAUAAGAGAAAGCUUGAAAGGUGGAAAACUUUCGUAAAUUACUUUAGAUUUUUACUCAAAAAAAAAGAGUGAAAACGUAGCUCAAGAUAAAGAAAGCCGAAAAAGCGUAAAAGUUACUUUAGUAAAAUUCGUUCGAAGUUAUUUUUGCAGAGACCUGAAAUUCCUGUCGCGAUCAAAGCGAUAGCCAAGAAGAACAUCAGCAAAUCGAAAAACUUGCUGACGAAGGAGAUCAAAAUCCUUAAGGUGAAAUUUUUUUUGCCUUUAUAAUUGAACUGUGAGUUUUUUUUUGAUCAUGUGUGGUGGUUAAAGCGGUAUAGUCGUAUAAAAACUUGGAAUAGGGGAAAUUAAUUUUGUGAAAUGCACUAAAAUACAUCUGUUUACUUCGGACUUUUAGGAACUGAGCGGACUAAAACACGAGAAUCUGGUUUCUCUUCUGAAAUGUACGGAAACACCGACGCAUGUCUACUUGGUGAUGGAAUUCUGCAAUGGAGGCGACUUGGCCGACUAUCUUCAGCAGAAAACGACCCUUAAGGAGGACACGAUCCAGCAUUUUGUCAUCCAAAUCGGUUAGGACUCCUGUCUUUUCGUCUUUUCAAGUUCUAAGAAGUUCAGCACGCGCACUUGAAGCCAUCAACAAGAAAGACAUCGUUCACAGAGAUCUGAAGGUUUAAAUAACUUCAAUUUCAUUAGUCAAACUUUUUUUAUAAAGUUCCUUUAUAGUUCUUGAAAAACUCCAUUGAGUGAAAAUUUGGCUAUUACGGAGCUCGUUUCUUUCACAUUUUUUUUGUCAAGCCAUCAGCCAAGCUCAGCCCAUAAUUUCGCAAUCAAUCAAUCAUUCGCAACCAAUCAGAAAGCGAGCCCUUCAAACAGAAUUUUCGAACGGUUUCAUCAUACUUGAAAUUCAAAAUGUGAACAGAAUAUGUCAUCGAAAAAUUCUAUUAUUUCUUUAAAAAAAUAUGAAAAAUAUGUUUUUCACUUCUGUAAUUUUACAGCACUAUAAUUAAUUGAGCUAAUUUUUAGAGAAAAAAAUGAUCAGAAAGAAAAAAACAUUUGUUUGUAUUUUCUGUAAUUGAGUCCAAUAACUGAUUCAGCCGCAAAACAUUCUUCUCUGUUAUACGAACAAGACCACGACAAAUGCCCCAUACACGGACAUCGUUAUAAAGGUUUCGAACGAUUUGCGCAAAAAUAAAGUAAAAUGAAAGUUGUGCAGUUGGCCGACUUCGGCUUCGCUCGAUUUUUGAGCGAUGGAGUGAUGGCAGCGACGCUUUGCGGAUCACCGAUGUACAUGGCUCCUGAGGUUUUCAUUUAUUGGCUUAAGAAAAAGUUCAAAGUUUUAAGGUUAUCAUGUCUCAAAACUAUGACGCGAAAGCUGAUCUUUGGUCCAUCGGUACUAUUGUUUUCCAAUGUUUGACUGGAAAAGCGCCGUUCCAGGUUCUUUUCAUCUCCAAAUCUCAUUUUUUAUAUUCUGGCUCAGGCUCAAACACCACCACAACUGAAAGCUUACUACGAGAAAUCGCGUGAUUUGCGACCGAAUGUUCCUGAUUGGUGCUCGCAGAACUUGCGGGACCUUCUUUUGCGACUUCUCAAGAAAAACCCCAGAGAACGGAUAUCUUUUGGUGCGUUGACAAAUUAAUCGUGUAUUUUGAGGACAAGUAAAAUCUGCAAAAUAACAAAAAUAUAAUUAAUAAAUAGUCCUGUUGUAGUGAAAAAAAUGUUUUGUGAGUAAUGAUUUUUUUUUUUUGAUCCAAUUCACGAAUCAGUGUUUAACUUAGUUGUCUUAUUAAUUUCAGAUAGGAAUCGAAAAUGAAGGACAGAUUCUCUGGAUAAGUAAAAUUCUUCGUUUCAGAAGACUUUUUCAAUCAUCCGUUUCUGGUCACUCCACCGACGCCAAGUUCUUCGAAAAGAAUUAUCGAAGGCGUUUCACAGUCUCCGGUUCCGUCAAGGUUUUCGAUUCAAAUUAUUUCAGACUGAAAAGAAGAGGAGGAAACUGUCUUUUUGUUCAGAAGAGCGUUUGGAUCGCCGCAGACAUCGGCGUUGCCCGUUCCACGUCGAGGCAUCGCCUCCAAACUCGACAGUCCGACAUUUGGGCGCCGUGUGGUGAUUUUUAAAGGAUUUUAUGACCUCUUCUCCCUUUUUUUAAAACGAAAAUGAAAAAAACCCAAAAAAACUUUUGGUAAAAACUAAUAUAUUUAAAAAUUUCUUUUUUUGAUCUUAACGAGAUUUCUUGUUAUAAAAAAAUAGAAUAUUAAGAAAUAUCCUAAAAGUGAAAAAGGGUUUCUAAAAAAUAUGAGAAAAAAAAAUGGUUCCGAGAAAUUGUUUGAUCAACUAAAUUUCGUAGAACCUUAAAAAAAUGGUAUAGACACAUUUUCAUAAUUUUUUUUUCAAAGUCAAUUUCUCCAUUAUAUAACCUUUAAAAAGUUCUGGUUUUCAUCAACUUAUUGAAUUCUUUUAAUCUGCUCAUUAGCCCAUGACUUUUUUCUUUUUCAUUCAUCAAGAAUGGGAAUAUCUUGGAAAAAAUAUACGUAGAAACUGAUUUUUGCAGCUUCCGCAUCAGAACUCGCAAGGAUCUGUGCCAAGCUCCCCACGAACCUCCCGACGGACGGUUCAGCCAAACGGAGCGCCAGGUCUCCAGGACAGCGGUGACUUCACGUUCCUGCCGCCGUUGCACCAGCGACAGCAAGAGGGGAGCCCUGUGAAACAAGUGAGUCUGCGCUGGAAACCCCAGAGAUUCGUCUUCUGAAGGUGCAAGUGCACACGGGCGACGCGCACUCUGCGAUGAAGGCCGUUCCUGUCCCGAGUCAGCGGCUUGCCUUCCAGAAGAUGGAGGAACGUCGUGGAGCUUCGGCUGUAGUCGCCCCUCCUGUCCAGGCGACGUCGCGUUCGCCGGUCGCCACUCAUUCGUUCGCUUCCCACGUCGCCGCCUCGCCAACUUCCGUCACGCCCAACGCCGCUGUCAUCGACAACUUGAACCUCCCGCAUAGUCAGUUUUCGUAGAACGUUUUAUGCUUCAAACUUUGUUCAAAAUUAUAUCUAGUACUCUGGUCUUUUAGGGUCACGAUAUGUUCUGUUUUAUUGACGAAAAAUCUGGGAAGAGCAUGUAUUUUUUAUAUUCAAAAAAGUUUAUUGAAAUAUUUCUUUUCUUUCACUGAAAUUCAGGUCUUUCUCAUGAGCUGAAUCAAACGUGAGAAUUCUUUUUUUUUCUUAAGAAAACUUUAUUUUUCUUUCUGUUUUUCGGAACAAUGACAGCAGCAGCUGUUUUGUUGUGAAGCCAAUCCGUGACGUCGACUUUUGCAGCUACGUUCUUGGUCCGGGGAGGCGCCCAACGGAGGUCUCUGGCAGAGCCACGCACUCGAAGAGCCACACUGACGACCGCCGAAGAACCGACGCUUCUUCCUGGUCAGGUCCCCGAACACGGUAAUCUCACUCUCUUAUUUCUGUUCAAGUUUAUGGGAUAAAAUAAUUUUUUCCCUGUUUUAUGAGAACAAAGAGAACCUAAUUGAAUGUUUUCAGAGCAAACUAAAAACUGUGAUUCCACUUUUCCUCGUGAAACGUGUUUUUCCUUUAAUGUUUUGAACUUUUAAUCUUUGGAAAAAAACAAGUUUCACUUUUUGUUACAGAAAAUAGAGAUUUUUGUUUUCGCAAAGUCGUAGAAACAUCUUUCAGAGCGCUUUUAGUACAGCCGGGAACGUGUGUUAUUUUUUUUGAAUUCAUUCAUGGAAGUAACAAAUUUGCAGUGGAACCUCUCCCGAAGUCGGCGACGACGACGAAUCUGGAGACGUUCCGGCAGCAGAGAGAACGAUCUGCGACGGCGCCCGUCGUUCCUCUGAACUCUCCCCCUCUGAGCCAACAAGAGCCGCUCGACAAUCAGAAGUAUCUUCAGACAGGUCCUCAGAGCUCCACGGAGCUCGCCACCAACCAAAGAACUAACGGAGAUUCUCGCCGGGACAUCGCGAACAAGAGCAUCAGGUUGGUGACGUCCUGGGACUCUUCGAAAACCGUUCUCUGCAGCGACAUCAGCGACGACGAGGACGACGACGUGAGGGAGCCCAUCCAUCUCGCCUUCGCCUCCAAUCAUCCAGGUUCCGUUCUUUCACUUUCCAGUUGUCUGAUCAGUUGUGUUUUUUGGCGUAAACAGAUCUAGGCUAAACUGCGGGCUGGAAGUCUUUUCAUCUCAUUUUUAGGGCAAUUUGAUGUUUUUCCAAAAGAAAGUUUCAAAGGUUACAAUAAAAAUCUAACUGAACUUAUUUUCGAUAUCCCAGCGUGUAGAGCUGCAGGAAAAAACCCUUUUUACCUCAUUUUCCGAUCAAAGGCUUAACAUUAUUUAGACAAAAAUCUUUUCCCAUAUCAAGGACUUCCACAUGUUUUUAUUCUACUUCUACUCUUUCCAGAGAACUGAAUCGAAGUUCGCUUGCUGAACCACAUAGUUUUUACUUUUUGUGAAUUUUCUCUACCAAAAAAAAUUUUGGUAGCAACAUUAUCUCCCUUUUCGGGUUUUCUCUUUUUUAUGUUCGUUAUUCAGCACUGGAUUCUUCGAGAAUGCUGGACAGUUGCGGAGCGUCUGCCGACGAAGCGAGUUCUUCUUCGACGAAUCCUUCAGUCGCAGCCGUCGCCAGCAGCAACUCCGGCGUCCAGAAUCGUCACGAAAAUCCGAUCGACAUCGAGAGGCCGUUCUCUUUCGGAAACGCAAGUUCGUUGCCCUCCAGGGCGCCGGCACUGUUCGCCGACCGCCUCGACGACGACGAAGACGACGUUCACGCUCCGCCGGCCUUGGAACAGGAAACUGUCCUUCAGGAGGAGCACAAACAAGUACACCAGUCAUCCUAACUCCUUCAUUUCCUUUUAAAUUUUAGAUUCUUGCGAAGCUCCGGUUUGUCGUCGAGUUGGUUGAAACUUUGAUCCAUGUUGCUGAACAGAAGGAGAACCCUCUCGCUUCCGCCAUGGCCAACAGAAAAGUUUGUCUUUUUAAAAACAGAAUUGUUUUCUUAACAUAUUUCAGUAAUAUUGAGCAAACAGUAAUUUGAAAUGCAUAACCUAAAUCAAGAAUUUCGCUGUUCGAUUUCCAUUUCCUAGUUUUCGGUUUCAAUUGCAAAGCUUUCAAACCAUAUUUUCUAAAAUGUUUGUACAUGAUUCGUUCAGCCUUCAAAAAUAAAAAUCAAUUUCCACACACCUAAAAACAAACAAAAAAAAAUGCGGAAUUUUUAUCUGGUUUAGAUGAGGGAUUCUGUAUUAUCUCUAGAAAAAAACUAUGUUCUGUUGUGAAGACAGCUUUUCAGGAGACGCCGACGACGAACGCGGCGACGUCGGCCUACCGACGAGCAGAACAGCUGGUCGUGUACGUCAGAGCACUGCAUAUGCUCUCUUCGGCGCUGCUUCUGGCGCAGCGCAACGUCGCCAACCGCGUUUUGCAUCCCUCGCCUGCAGUCCAGACGGUCCUCAACCAGCUCAACGACAAGUACCACCAGUGCUUGGUCCGGUCUCAGGAACUCGCCUCUCUGGGCCUUCCGGGCCAGGAUCCCACCAUGUCGAUUAUCUCGGCUGAACGAAUCAUGUACAAACACGCCGUGGAGCUGUGUCAGGCGGCUGCACUCGACGAAUUGUUCGGCAACCCCCAUUUAUGCAGUCAAAGGUCGUUUUUCCGGCGAGAAAUUCUCUCAAUUUCUCUUCUUGCAGGUACCAGACAGCAUACAUGAUGCUUCACACCCUUUCCGAGCAAGUCCAUUGCGACCAAGACAAAAAUGUCCUUUCAAAGUCAGUUUUCUGAUGUAUUUCGAAAAAAAAAAAGGAAAACAACAUUUUCACUCCAGUUUCUCAAUUGAAAAAAUUCAUUUCAUGCAGUUUGUAUAUUUUGUUAAACUUAGAUAAAAGACAAAAAAAAAUAACGAGAUCGAAAAAGAUCAAAUUUUCCUCUUUUUUGGAUUAAUGUAGUUCCUGAUUGUUUCAAAUUGCGCUUCAAGUUUUCAGAAGGGGGUAAUAUCUUUCCUGUUUUUUUUUACACGAUUGCGAUCAAAAGAAUGGAAAUCUCUCGAAUUGAAACGAUAGUACUAUGAAAUUACGUCUAACUAGUAUGUUUAAUAAAAUCCAAAAAAGAUGAGAAAAAAUAAAGACUGAAAUAUUGCAAAAUACGAAUGAAAAGUUGAAGUGUGAUGAGGAGUUUUAAUUUAUUUCAGCUCUCCUGAGUGUGUUAGGAGUCCAAUUUUUUUUUUUUGGCAAAUGAAAAUUUUAUAACUUUUUGUUAAAAAAAGGUCCUUACUAGACUUGAUGAGUUUGUGGCUCUCAUGGCUGUAACGUUCGAUCGUGCUGCCGAAGAUUUCCCGACAUUUGAUCCUUGUGGAUUCAAACUUGGCUUUCAGAUAUAAGGCGGCCGUGGAGAAGCGAUUGCGCAUUUUGGAGCGCAAAGGAUACGUCACAGCGGUGAACUCGUAG